AUGAGCAGCAGGAACCCACCCAGGCUCCUGGACCUUGCCAUCCAGAGCGUGUUGCAGGACAAGACCUCGGCCAUUGCUGCACUCGAGUGGCUGCCCACACAACUCUUCCCCCCCUUGUUCAUGGCCGCUGUCACCGGGGGACACAGAGAGACAGUGAAAGCCAUGGUGCGGUCCUGGCCUUUCCUCCAGCUCCCACUAGGGGCUCUCAUGGAGUCUUGGCAUUCUCACCAGGACAUCUUAAAGGCUGCCCUGGAUGAUCAAUUGCUCACCAGCCUCAUUGACAGAGUCCAACAGGGAAAGGACCCCACCCUGUGCUGUAGGAAGCUAGAAUUUGUAGGUCUAACGGAACUUCCCAUUAUACAGGAGAUCCUGAAGGCAGUGCAGCUGGACUCUGUCCAGGAGGUGGUAUUGCACUGCCGAUGGGACCUGCACACCCUCAACUGUAACCUCAGUUCCUUGGAUUUGAGUGGUGUGUGCAAGGCAGCCUUAAGACAUGAAUUCCUCCCAAGUCUGCUAGAGAGGGUCCCAGCCACCCUGACCCACCUGAGUUUAGCUGACCGUGUCAUCAGUGACUCUGAGCUCGCUGCCUUGCAAACUGUUCUGGGCCAGUGUUCCCAGCUCAGCACCAUGGUUUUGUGUGGUAACCAAGUCUCCAUGGCUGUCCUGCAUGGCUUUCUUCAGCACACUUUGCCACUGUGCAAGUUCUCCCUUCUGGAGCUCCCUGUCCCUCAGGAUUGCUAUGAACAUCGCCAAGAGCCUCUUCGCCAUGAUACUCUUGCCCAGGUCUUGCAGGGACUCAGGUUGAACCCACAGGCCCCUCUAUGGACGUUUUGCUGA